GAGGAAUAAAAGGAUCCCGGAGCUCUCGUGUCUCCCGCCAUGUACCGACUGGAUCUGCCUAUCGACCGCCUGGAGGCCUCCCGCCUCGACAAACACAGGAACGCGGAGCUGCAGCGCCAGGACCGAAUAUUCAACUCGAAAGCUCGAACCAUCGGCGUGGACAAGCAGGCCUUGGAUGCUCAGAUCCAGGAGAAGAAGGUCCAUUUGGAAAUAGAAAAUGAAAAGAAAGAAGCAUAUGCGGCACAGAUGAAACAAAACGACAAAAUCGCCUGCUUGUUGGACGAGCGAAUGCAGCAGGACGUGAGAAACCUCAACCACGCCAUCGACGACUUCCGUCUCUCUUUCCAGAAGAAGGAGGAUCGGCGGGAAUUCCAUCUGUCUGACCCCGAAGCCUUAAAGAAGGAACUGCCCCCACGUGUGUCCGACGACGACCCUCGCUGCACCGUUUCUGGUGUCCAGAGGCUGUUGGGAGAGGAUCUCAAUUCCAACGACAGGAAACAGAUCCAACAGGAGCAGCUGAGAGAAUGGUCUCUGCAGCAGCAGGAGGAGUGGGCACAAGCCUUAGAAGAACAGAGGCUGAGAGACAGCAAUUAUGACAAAAUGAGGGUUGAACUUGACCACAAGGCCGUGGAGCUACAGCAGCUGGAAUUAAAAGCCAGGAGAGGUGUGUGUGCAGCCACUAAGGAUUUCAACAGAGCUCAGGCCGAGGAAACCACAGAGAGGAAGAAACUGGAGAAACAACAGGAAGAGGAGGACAAUUCCGUGGAAAUCUCCAACCUUAUUCAGGGAGAUCUUCUUUCAGAGGAUCCUUCACAGGCAUCAAGCGCCUUUGGGCCACACCGUGUGGUCCCGGACCGCUGGAAAGGAAUGAGCCUCUCACAGCUGGAAGAGAUAAAUAAUGUCCAGCAGCAGCAGAUACAGGAGAGGAUGAGACUGAGAGAAGAAGAAAGACUUCGGGAGGCCGAGCUGUACAGGCAGAGAGUACAAGAGGCCAGGGCAAUGGUGCUUCUGGAAAGGCAACAAAAGCGUCAAGAGAAGGAGCUGCGCAAAGCCCAAGAUCACAUGAACUUGCAGCUGGCGCAGGCACAGAAGGCACAGAAGAUCUACCUUGAAAAGGAAGUCUUUAUCAAUACUCCGACAGAUCAAUACUUUAAACAAUUCAAUACAAGCAGCCGAUGAAGGUUUAGAUUUUACUUUAAUAUGCUAUUUUGGGUGGUCUCCAUAAAUAUCAAAUAGAUUUAAAAGUCUGGCUGUAAAUCUGCAUCAAAAAUGGGAUUACCUUCUUUCACUGGUAAGGUAUCUAGAGAUAUGAAACACAUGGAUGAAUAAUAGUGGGAGGUCUGACCAUAGAGGUGGCAGGAACCAAUUAUUAUCAUAUGCUUGGGAAACCAGGAAAUUCACUGUUUUAUGUCUACUUAAAACACAUCUGGCUUUCCAAUGCAGGAUUUGGUUUUUGGAAUUUUCUCCAACACGUGAAACAUUUGUUUUGCCCUGAUAUAAUUAGAAGUUUGAAAUAACUUCCAUAGAUUGUAAGCUCUCGUGAACAGGGCUUAUGACCACGUCUCCUGUCCCAAAAUUAAACUUAAUAAAGACAUUUACAGCA